CACCUCUUCACACUCUUUUAUAGAAAUAUGUUUUCUCCACGCUCGUUUUUGUAUAUUUUUAAUUGUUUCUUGUCACUUUUUUCACUUGUCAACUCAUUACACAUAGGAGCUCGUGCUGAGAAACGUAAUGCAAUCGGACCGACUACUUAUUUCGGUGUCUCCAGCGCAGAGCACGAGGAGAAAAGUACAGCGUUGAAAGCCGGCGGAUAUCGCCCAUUGUCUCUCAGUCUCUAUGGUUCGCCGUCAGAAGCCAAAUAUGCCGCAGUUUGGAUCCAGGAAGAAGGCGCAUCAUUUGAGACCAUUCACUCGGCCGACAAAGCGACCUUUGAUGCCUGGGUGCAAACAUGGAAAUCAAAAGGCUACGUCUCUACCCAUGUCUCUGCCAUUGGUGCGAGUGAGAAUGCUGCCUAUGCCGGCGUCAUGGAGCUCCAGAAUGUGACCAAUUGGAUUCAAGAGUGCGACAUGGACAGCCCAUACGCACUGGCCAACGCCACAGGAGGAAUCGAUAUGCUGAUCAAGGGUGUGAGCAUGUAUGGCACACGAGUCAACCCUAGAUACUGUAUACUUGGCCACGAAAACAUCGAAAACCAACAACAGACUGUAUUCUAUCAGACAAUCAAUCUUCAGAACAACUAUGCUGAGGUAUAUGCCGCGGAGACUCUCAAACGACACUGGCGGCCUACAUUCCUCGAUAUCUUUGUUGAUGGAACCAUUACGCCUAUGUUCGACGAUACUACGGUUGGAAAAUGGGUAGCAGAGGUGGAUCUCUCCGAGGCGCAGCUGAAAACUAAGAUAAUGGAGCAGGAGGCAAGAGGACUUUCACCUGUGCAUCUCCAGGGCGGUGGGGACUCGUCAAACAUCCGGUACGCGGUCAUCUUUGCGGAACGAUCCAGCCCGCUCCCUCGAAACUGGCAUGCGAAUGGCGAAGUUACCGGGUUCAGUGACAACGCUGGUGUGACUUCGGCGCUUGACGAUGUUAUGCGAUCCUUCAUGCGAACCAACGGUGUGCGUCAAGCUCAAGUUGCAGCUUCGAUAAACGGUACCAUCAUUGCCGAACGUGCAUACACCUGGGCCGAAGAAGACCGUGCCAUCGUGCAAACUGAUGAUAAAUUUCUGCUCGCCAGUGUUUCGAAGAUGUUCACUCACGCAGCAACGCAACGACUUAUCGAUGACGGGCUGCUUAACAAGUCGACUGCAGUGUUCCCUCUACUAGGAAUUAAACCUGCGGAUGAAAGAUCCAAUGAUAUUACCGUUCAGAAUCUACUUUAUCACACCGCCGGGUAUGACCGAUCAGUAUCCACUGACCCAGGAUUCAAUUUCGUGACUGUCGCGCGUUCCAUGAACAUGAGCACACCUGCCACGCUCCGCGACGUGAUCGAUUAUGUUGCUGCUCGUCCGCUUGAUUAUACCCCGGGGUGGCAAACUAUCUAUUCAAACUUUGGCACCAUGCUCUUGAGUUACGUCCUCACCAACCUCACCGGCGUCGCAUAUACGGAUUACCUCAAAGAGAAUGUUCUCAACGGCCUGGAAGCAGAACUGUACGAAACUGCCAGCGAAAAACAUGCCAAUGACGCGAUUGUGCAGGAGACAAAACACAUGGGUUUCAACCCUCUCCAGCCAAUGUCGGAUGCCACAGUACACUCAGUUCACGGAGGAGAUGGCGCUAUCAAGGAAGAGACGGUCGGAGCUUUUGCGCUCAAAGCCUCCGCUAGUACAAUCGCGAAAUUCAUUGGCAGCAAUGCCGUCUGGGGAAUUGGAGGCCGUGAGGCUUAUGCCAAUCGCGAUGGCACGACGGCAGGUGCUCGCACAUUUGCAACGUCAAUGGAGACCAUUGAUUGGUCACUUACCUUGAACACGAGAGAGUACAAGUCGGAAGAUGAAUGGUCGCAGUUGGUAUGGACAGACGUACCUGGUGUGUGGCAGAAAUUCCGCACUCUCUAGGAGACGCGAACGCAUUGCAUAUAUUCAAUUCUUGUACACAUUUCUUGGGAUAACACUGCAUCGAUUGUGGCGUUUGCAUUUCUUCUUCCAGAAAGGACAAACUUGUGGGAACUGUCGCGUACUUGCUCAAUAUCUAAUUUAUAUAGUUGUAUUAAUUUCGUUCGGGGCUGUUGAGAAGUGUAUCCGCCUGCAUCUGGUGCGCCGUUUUUUUUCCGUAGGCCGAAAAUAAUCAUCUAACAGUCAAAUAGCUCGCAUGCUUUCAACUGUAGUAAACACGGGAUGGAUAGGCAGUGUCUCUAAAACCUACUUGUACUAACCUUAUGUAAUACAGGUGUCUUUGUCGGUGCAAUGUGUGCUGACUACGAGGCGCUUGACUUCGAUGAUAUACCAGCCUACUUUGCCACUGGAUCAGCAUGAAAGAUUCUCUCAAAAAAUACCGUGUUUUCUCGAUUAGCAUGAACCAAGAAUAACAAUCGAAAC